GGUUGUGGCAUACUCUUCAGCCAAUCAGUGAUACAGGAUAUGAAUUUCUUAUUGUGUAAACUACCACUAUGUUUCCCCGAUGAUACAUACUUUGGCGCUUUGAUGGAAGUACUUGGAGUGUCAGCUACUGGAUGUAAUAAGUACGUUUUACGAUUCUCCGACACACACGAGGCCCGUUUGGGACAAGAUCCUAGAAAUGCAGCAAUGGUUAUACCUGGAGGUACAACACUUGUUCAUUACUGCAAUGUAUCACAUCCUACUAAUGUACAAAAGCUUUUGUGGAAAGAUUACUUAAACAGGGGUUCACCUAUUUCUCCAAAUCCCAAUACUCCAAAACCAAAUACUCUGAAACCCAUUACUCUGAAGCACUGAGCAAAAAUUCAAAUAUAGUUGGAUAUUCAGUCCGAUUCAUAAUUCCAUUGAGAACUUUGAAUCAAAAAAUUAAGCGAUCAAAGGACCACAAUGCAACAGUAUAUGAAAAAUAGAAACAUAUUUAUACCACUCUAAGUCCAAUUAUAGUUGUAUAACAUGGGUCUAUAACAACGAUAUAUAGUGGAGAGUGGUAUAUCGUCAUCGUAUACAACUCCUCCGAGCGUAUACCACUGUAGAAGUGCAUUCUGGGAACUAAUGAAUAAAAAAAUCAUGAAAAUUUUCAUGAUUUCCUAGAAUCAAGUGACGUCAUAAAUGGUUCCGGCAUGAUUUGCUAGAAUCAAGUCAUGUCAUAAAUGGUUCGAGAUCAACAUCAGCAUUAUUGAGUUGGCUAUGGGAUAUUUUUAUGUUUUUUUAAUUGUUAUGAUUGUGUUCGAAUCAACUGUAAUUGAACUUAGAGUGGCAUAAUAAGAUUAUAUAAUGGUUCAUUCUGUAUAUCGUGC